CUGUUGAGGAGGUCGAGGUAUGCAGGUUGGUGAGAUGGGGACGAUGAAGGCAGGUAGCUUGGUACUGUCCUUGCAGCCAUCGUUUGUAUGGGGUUCUUCAGGAAGCAGUGUCACUACAUUCCUGUUGCAGGUACAUGGAUUUGACGUCAGCACAAUCAACUCGGUUCAGUUUUCUAAUCACACAGGGUAUGGAAAGUUCAAAGGUCAAGUGUUAGAUGAUCAAGACGUCACCGAUCUCUAUGAGGGUCUAAAGCUCAACAAUUUAGUACAAUUUUCACAUAUUUUAACAGGGUACAUAGGUUCAAAGUCAUUCCUAGAAAAAGUUAAAGAAAUAAUUCAAGAACUGAGAAGUCAUAAUCCUAGCCUGAUAUAUGUGUGCGAUCCUGUUAUGGGGGACAAUGGAAAAAUGUAUGUUCCAGAAAACCUUCUGGAGGUCUACAGGGAGUCCAUCGUUCCUUUAGCAGACAUUGUAACACCCAACCAGUUUGAACUAGAACUUUUAACAAGGUCUAAAGUAACCAAUGAGACGGAGGCUCUAGCAGCGAUGGAGAUGCUGCACAACAAGGGGGUGAAGACCGUCGUCCUGAGCAGCAGCAGCCUCGGCCGCGACGGGGUGCUCAUCUGUCUUGCCAGUUCAAACAGAGAUGGAGUUAAGGAAUGCUACCGUAUAGAAAUCCCACUGUUACCAGCCAUCUUUGUUGGGACCGGUGACCUGUUUGCUGCAUCACUCAUGGUUUGGAUGCAGAAGGACAACAGUCUCAAGGUUGCUUUCGAGAAGACGAUAUCUACCGUCCAGGCUGUGAUAAGGAGGACGCUAGACUAUGCCAGAAAGGUAGCUGGCGAGCAUGUGAAGCCAACGCCUGCCCAGAUGGAGCUGAGGCUAGUGCAGAGCAAAGAUGAUCUGGAAAAUCCAAAGAUACUGUACACCGCAGAACUGUUCUCUUGAUGAUGACCACCUGAUAGGAGGGCCAAACGCCCAACAGUGGCACGUCCUACUGUGCUAUCACUGUUGUGUAUAUUCUUCACAUAGAAAAAGAAACGUUUGCAAGCUGUUAUUUAUGUGAGAAUGUGAAUAAUGUUUUUUAGAUAAGCAGACUAUUUAAACAAGUACAGUCGAACGUCGUUUUCUCGAACCCAGUUAUCUUGAACGUCCGGAUAUCUUUUAACUAUUCUCUGGUACCGAACGCCUUGCUAUAUGAUAUUCAUGCCUCAUUAUCUCGAAUUUGCAGAUAUCUCGAAGUUACAACACAGUCCCCCUAGGUUGAAGAUAACAGGCUUCGAGAUAACGGGGUUCGACUGUAUUUCAAAUUUAGCAAAAUUAGUUUUCCACAUAAGAAUGAAAUGUUCAAAUUUGUGUGUAUUUCAAGUGAUAGAUAUAUAUAUAUAUAUAGACCAGAGUAUUAUAGAUAUAUAUGGCCAGACCAAUGUUCUUUUGUCUUAUAGGUUUUCUUGGCAAUUUUGCCACGCUUCAAAUGGAUAUAGUGUGUUGGCCUUGAUUGACUUGAUCUUAGAAAAUACUAACAAUUUAGAGUAGACAAAAUUAGUUACUUGUUUUAUGGGAAAUGUUUUUUGAAAUGUCUAGAAUGACAGCUGUAAGGAAAUACCUCAUUCAGCACCAGAUCUCAUUAUAAACAGAUCAGCUAUAACAGCCCAGUAUGGAUAGUAAAGUUGUAUAUGCUUCAACAUGCUUCAACAUGCUUCAACAUACUGUUCACAUCCACAAUUAUCCAGUUUAUGAAUACCCUAGGCCCAUUAGCUACCAUAGACUUGUUUCAAGUCUGAAUGGAACAAAGCUAAUUAUAUCCAGCCAGUCACAUUACUCUAAUGAGCAGGUGAAAUUCUGGAUUAAGCAUGUUAUGUGGAGACGCCACUUCCCAAACAAAGAUGUUGCAAAUGGGUGUCUGGUAUUUACCAUAAUAGAAGUGGUAUUUAUCAUGAUAGAAUGAAAAACUAUACACUGGAUAAUGAAGCAUGACUGUCCAAGAGACUGUGAAGUAUUGCCGAUGUGUUCAACAAAGACAUUAAUCCUGAGUACAUAGUAUAAGCAGGAAGGGGUUGAUUAGUGUGUAAAAUGUGCAACUUCAUGCAUUCAGAUUGUUAGCAGCUUGAGUCAAUGCAUAAGAUGUUUAACAAAAUACAUUCCAUCUGAAAUUCAUUGAAGCUUCAGACUUUUCUCAUACAUAUACAAGAGAAGGCACAUGUCAUGUUACUGAACAUUUGGGGACCCUCACCUCCGGAGGAUAUACUCCACAAAGCAAUUGUGGCGCGAUGAUUGCCCCAAGCCAUAUUGAGGCAUGUGAUCACCUUAGCGCUAAGAUCGCUUUGUACAACAGCAUUCUGUUCCAUAAGAGCAAUCUUAGUACUACAAAGGUUGUAAGUCAGUGUUAGAUUAUGAGAGUUAUGAUCUUCAUAGCAAUAUUGUAACUUUCAUGGCCCUGUUCCAUAAGAGCAAUCUUAGUACUACAAAUGUUGUAAAUCUGUGUUAGAUUAUGAGAGUUAUGAUCUUCGUAGCACUUUGGUAACUUUCAUGGCCCAGUUCCAUAAGAGCAAUCUUAGUACGACAAAGGUUGUAAGUCAGUGUUAGAUUUUGAGAGUUGUGAUCUUCAUAGCACUAUUGUAACUUUCAUGGCCCUGUUCCAUAAGAGCAAUCUUAGUACGACAUUUGUAAGUGUAUUUCCCUGUGGAACAAGACCCAGUUGACACAAAUUAAGUGUGAUACUGCUGUGGGAUUCCAGGUCAGAAAAGAUCAAACUAGGAGACAUAUUUGACAGCAUGUCCCAGGACCCCGACUUGUGACAUUGUUCAUAAUAUCAAUCACUUGCUUGUUUCGACCAGACUCAAAUUUUUACAGGUCACUGUUGUAAAGCUGGAAGAUUGGAGUGUGUGAUGUGAACCGACAUACAAAUAAGAGAUGUAUGAUAGCCGGAGUAUGCCUGAAAACUUGCUUUUAAAUACAGCGAAUAUAGUCAGAUUUAUGGUGAUUGUGUUUUUUAUAGACAUACUGUGAAAUUGUUGACUCAAAGCCCUAGGAUCUAUUAGAGCAGGUUAAGGAACCAGCUUUAAUCAUUUCAGGGAGAGGCCUGGGAUAUUUGUGAGAGACAGGACAUUUUUUGUAUCACUGCUUCAAAAUAAGCAUAACAAUUUUGUGGAAGGAGAAGCUGCAGUAUUUUGUUCUUUUCACGACACAAUAGCUUCAGCAUAUCCAGGAUGUCCAGUGGUCAGUGUUGUUUGUUCUUGUAAAAUACGAGAACAAAUGUCUUUUCCAGUUUUUCCUUGAUUAAAUAUAUUCUUAAAAACAGACAGGCCACCCACCCCAAGAAUAUCAAGUGGUUGGUCCCUCAUCCCUAGUAGGAGAUGAGGGGUGUACCAAUAUAUGACCCUAGUGUUUACGAGGGACCAUUGUAUCCUGGAUCAUCCAGGGGCACAUCACUAUUUCCAUCUAUUUUAUCACUAACAGCAAUUCUCUCGCUUGCUGUAAGAGGCGGCUAUCCUUGUCAUAAAAGGCAACUAAUGGGAUCGGGUGGUCAGGUUCACUGACUUGGUUGAUACAGGUCAAUGUGUCCCAAUUGCGUGGAUUGAUGCUCAGGAUCAAUCACUGGAUUGUAUGGUCAAGACUCAAUUAUUUACAGACCGCUGUAAUAAAGCUGUAAUAUUGUUGAGUGCAGCGUGAAACAACAAACAAACACAAGGAGUAAUGUGCAACUCACUUUGAUAAAUUUGUUAAACAAUGUUGGAUAUUUUACAGGCACUGUUAAACAAUGUUGGAUAUUUACAGGCACUGUUAAACAAUGUUGGAUAUUUACAGGCACUGUUAAACAAUGUUGGAUGUUUACAGGCACUGUUAAACAAUGUUGUAUAUUUACAGGUACUGUUAAACAAUGUUGGAUAUUUACAGGGAAAUCUUUGCUUGCAAAUGUUAUAUAAUCUAGAUAUUAUUAUUGUGAUAUUAUUUCCAGUUACAAGCUAUGCAGAGCUCAUUAUUCCUUAGCAAUAACUGUGUGACCUGGUGUUGGUGUUAGAGUGGGAGACUUCCAUUGAAGUAGAAUGUGUGUAUUCUCUUUCAUUGACUUAUUAUCAAAUAGUAAGCUAUACAUUGUAAUUGUUUGUUAGCCCGUGGCAAGUAAAAUGCCUAAUGGGCAGUCCAAUUUAGAAGACUUCAAACCCAAAAUUAUUUUUUAAAAUCCUCCUUGUGUAACAAAGGUUUGUUUUCUUUCAAUCGUGAAAUGCUCGCAUAUUAUUUGGGAUUCAUAUUACACUUAAUAUGUGGAGUACUUGUAACAACAAAAAACAAACAGAAGUGAAUCAGCUAUAAAAGGGUUAAAACAUUUCUUGCAUCUAAUUACUAAUGUUGAUGCAGUGAGUUAGGACUAUAGGUGUUAUGCCAAAUAAAUUAUGACAUUUUCAUCCAAAUUUUCAGAAAUGCUAGAAGGGAAGCAUUUACUAUAAUGGUUUGUAAUUUCUUUAAAAAACUGUUUACUGUCAAUGGAUGCGAUUCAUGAAUGCCUGAAUGUUUAGUGCACAACACAUACAUUGUAUGAACUAUAAUAAAGGCAGGCACAAGUGUAGCAAUUGUCUUAAGCUGAGUGAGUGAGUGAGUUGGGUUUAUCGCCACUUUUAACAGUAUUCCAGUCAUAUCACGGCGUGUCAGCUUAAAGUGAUGCAGGUCUUAGACUUUUACCACUUCAGUGAAACCCACGAGCACGGGUAUGGUGCUGACAAACCUAGAAACAUAAUCAGGGCGACCAGGUAUUUGAACCCACAAUCAUAGGUUUCUGGCGUGUCCAAGGGACACAACUCUGCGUCCCGAAUGGCGGCGCCUAAGACGACUGGGCCACUGUGCCCCCAUCUUCAGCUGAAGGUACUUGGAUAACCGAUUGUGAGGCAGGGUGUUUGGUUGGUUGGGAUGAACAUCCAAUAAUUUGUUACCGUCUCAUGUUUAGUUAUUUUCAUGUGGUCUGUACAAGCAUAAUGUUGAACUUAUUGGUGCUCCUUGUAAUCCCACCAUAUGCUUACGUGUGAUGUUAUUUAUACAGAGUUUAAUAUACAGAGUUUCAAAGAGUGUUUGACAUUUUGUAUACUGGUCCUUGUGAAACAAAACAGCCUAGAGAGUAUGUGAGUUGGGUGUAUGGCCUUUUGGAACAGAAUUUCAGUUGUAUAAUGGCAUAACUGGGGACGAAAGUCAUAAUUAACACAGGUCAAGUUUGUCACUUUGAGGAAACCCACAGCUGUGGUGCUGAAAGACCAAACUGACAUUUAACCCAUGACCACAGAUUGAAAUACAAGCAGAUCCUGAUUGGCUAAGGGACACAACUCUGCACAGUAAGAUGAGCACCUGGGACCACUGGGCCAUCAGUGGAUCACCAAAUAAAAUGAGUGAAAAUAAUUUUUGUACCACAAUUUUCAAAUCCUAAUGAAUGUAUGAAACAGGGUAGCACUGGUGGCCCAAGACACAGUUUGUAUAGAGUUACCCCCCUUAGCUGCCAGGAUCUGCUGCAUUGUUGACAUUGACAAGGGAAACAUCAAGGACAUACUUUUCAUUAAGACAAUUGUGAUAGGACUGAAAUAUUUUUCAAGCUGCAUUAUACACAGAUGUUUACAGUACAAAUCUAGUCGUUGAAACAUGUUGCCAACAAAAUACUGUCAUCACAUACUAGUGGUGGUCAUUUUGUCGUGUCAGGGUUUUCAUCUACCACAAUACACAAUCAUCAAGUACUUUCACUGACUGUGUCCUGACAGUCUUUAGCAAUGUUCAAAAUAUGUGUAGUUAGGUACUAUGGUUUUUUGUGUGUUUUUGUUGAAUAACAACUUGAUUCUGAAUUAUACAUCAGUUAUACUAGAGACAUAUUGAAUAAAAACAUAAAACAUC